AUGUGGCUCACAGGACAUGGCGUAAGCCAUCGGGUGUCGCCUGAGGCAAUACCGCCGCGAGUCGGUUGCCUCAGGUUUUCAAUGAAGCAAAGCGCCCUGCUGGGCCUGCUUGGGAUCGCCCUGCUCCUGCCAUGUGCAACGGCGAGGAAGCUGGGCUCCACAAGCUCUGCCCUGCAAGCCUCCGGCUUAGCACGUGGUCACGAGGGGGCACGCGGUCCCCUAGACCUCGAUGCACUGGAGGUGUCAGUUCUCCGGCUCACCAAUUCGAGCGAAAGUUCGAGGUCAUACCUCAAACCGAUGAUCGACAGUAUCCGGACGAUGCUCGAGAAGGAGCUGAUGCCAGAUAUCUCCAGGCAGUACAGCCUUGCACAGAAGAUGUUGGACGAUGCGGCCAAAGGCUUCGCCGCAUGCAAGGAGCCGUGGAAUGCCACGCAGGUGGGGGAAGUCCGGGAGCAGCACCAGAACUGCCGGAAGGAAGAGAGCAGCCUCGUCGUUGAUGCGAAUGACACCUGCGACGACGCUCAAGUCCUUGCGGAAGUCAAAGUACAGAAGUGCGAGAAAAUGAAAGGUGUCGAUGCAUACCCGCCGGAGGCCCCUGCAGUUUGUGACAAGGACUCGAGCGACGUGUCCUACGAGGUGCAUGCUAGGCGUGUCCGGAACUUCUACAUGCAGAAAGUUCAUGAGUGGGUCAUGGCAGAGGAGGAGUGCACUAAUGCUACGCAGAAGGCAACUGCAAGAAGCAAGACCUGCAAAGUUCGCAACGACGGCUGGAAAGACAAGCGCCAAUCUUGCAAUGCCAUCCAGAGGAUGCUGGACAUGGAGGCCUGCGAUGCCUGGACGGAGUACUACCACUGCUCGCAGAACAACUCUUGUCUCCUGGAGGCGACCAAUGCUUUUGUGGAUGCCAAUGGCACUGCGACUGCCAUGCAGCGAUCCAUUGUGUUGCAGUGGAGGGCCAUGAAACGCAUCGAAUGCCUGCUGGAUGCUCUGGAGAACAAUAGACAAGCGGAUGAUCUCAGCAAUGCCAUCACCGAGUGCAGGAACAAAGUGCACAGCACGACCUCUUGGGCCUUGACUUAUCCAUACUACAAGGCGGCGGCGUGGGCCUGCGCAGAUGCGGCCCCGCGUGGUUACCGCCAAAAGGUGCGUUUCCUGGCUACUUCGCUGAAGCGACCGGAGAAUUCCCAGUUGCUGCGGCGGCUGCUCGAGGGAGAGGUUCCUUGUCGUGAAGUUGUUCUUUGGCCCGAGGAGGAGUUCCUAGGCGAGGCACAGAAGAAACAGCGCCUGAAAGAUCGAGAAGACGCCUUGGCGGAGAUCCUCCUGAAGGCUAAGCCUUUUGAACUAUGCGGGGCCUUGCCGGCCUUGUGA